ACGCUGGUCUGGAUCCUGGGGAGAUCACCAGACGACAACGGCGGAGGUCACAGCGUUGGGCUAAGGAUAGCCGCGCAGGCUGCUGGUGAUUAGCGCGAGCUCGGCGUCCUGUAGUCGGUGUUUUUUGCCUACCGUAGGAAGUAAGCGAUGGCGGAGCACCCGAAGCUGAGCAUUGAGAACUGACACGAUGGCGUAAUAUCAACAAGCCUCAGACAAAGCCAAGAGUUGGCGGAGGGGAGGAAGUGGUGGCCGAGAUGCGUACUAGGAAAGUUGCUGAGGCUGGACACACUGGGACGCAAACGCUAUAGAAGAAAAAAAAGAGGAGCGUCGCAGCAGCUCCUUCGAGUGCGUCGGCUCUUGGGCUGGCCAAAGUGCGGGAGCGGCAUCGGGAUCCAGACCACAGUCACGGUGGGCGUCCCGGACCAAGGGCGGGAGCGGCAUUGGGAUCCAGAUCACAGUCACGGUGGGCGUCCCGGACAAAGUGCGGGAGUGGCAUCGGGAUCCAGAUCACAACAGUCACGGUGGCCGUCCCGGACCAAGGGCGGGAGCGGGAGCGGGAUCCAGAUCACAGUCACGGUGGACGUCUCGGACAACUGCGGGAACGGCAUCGGGAUCCAGAUCACAGUCACGGUGGGCGUCCCGGAUCAACUGCGGGAGUGGCAUCGGGAUCCAGAUCACAGUUACGGUGGGCGUCCCGGACCAAGUGCGGGAGCGGCAUCGGAAUCCAGAUCUCAGUCACAGUGGGCGUCCCGGACCAAGUGGGGGGGCGGCAGCGGGAUCCAGAUCAUAGUCACGGUGGGCGUCUCGGACCAAGUGCGGGAGCGGCAUCGGGAUCCAGAUCACGGUCACGGUGGGCGUCACGGUCCAAGUGCGGGGGCGGCAUCAGGAUCUAAAUCGCAGUCACGGUGGGGGUCCGAGCAAGAGAGGUGGGACAGCCCCUCGUCUAUCGGACGGGAUGGGUGAGUCACAAUUGGCGCAGACUAAGAGUAAUGGAGGGACGGGCGACAUGUCGGAGAAGAAGCGCAAGAGUAUUUCCGCACUGGAAUUGCGAGAGCUGGGCCCUCCUUCCAAGACCCGGCCCUCGUCAUCCGUUCCAACAAGGACUUUGCCGCCGAAAUCACCUUCAAUGCGUUCGGCUAUGGUUUCCCGCAAAGGGGCACCUCCCUCUUUUAGGCAGUCGAGCGGUGGCAAUGCCAAAGGGAAGAGAGAGGACGAGGCGGCGGGCACAAGAAGUGCCAGUGGCCCGGGCCCAAGAGGUGCCAGUGCCCGGUAUGGCGAGACGGAAGAUGGCGCGUGGUACUACCAGCCAUUGGAUGCUUCUGUGAGAGGAGGACCCUUAGGGUCCAUGCUAGGUCUGAGCAAACCCUUGCCAAAUCCGCAGGAAGCUGCCUUGGGCAUAUUGGUGGACAUCCAACGGUUCAAUCCCCAUAACAGGAAAGCUUUUCAGGCGCCAGAUACACGAACGAUCCCCUUGAGCGAUCUUCUAAGGGAGAGGCAGAGAAAGGAGGUGGUGCGCGUCCCCUUGCACAACGUCAUGAGGGAAAUGGAGAGAAAGGAGAAGAUCCGUGAGGCUAACCAACGGAAGAAAAAAUCGAUGGCUGGUCGUUCGGCUGAGAGGAUGCAUGCCCGGGAUCAUCGUCGAAACGGUACCUUUACAAUCCGUCGCCCGGAACAACUGAAGUUCUGUGCAUGCUUGCGACUGCACGAGCUGUGGAAGGAGUACAUGAAGCAAUUGAUUGGAACCUCGAGAGGGUUGUCCAUUUUGAAGUCAAGGCUGCUGAAUGCAGAUCGCCAUGGCUGUUUCAUGUCGGUAGUGCAGGCCAAGAAUCCUUCAUGGCUGGGUUGCAAAGGAAUAGUGGUGAAGGAGACUGGGAGAACCUUCACGCUUGUCUCUCCCGUGACAGACCAUGUGAAAGUCGUGCCCAAAGGGGGUUGCGUUUUUUCUUUCGGAGUCGAGGAUAGAUUGUUUACCAUGUACGGAAACAAUAUACACUGGAGGCCACCGCAAGACGGGGCGGAGACGGAAUCGCGCGAGGGGAGUAGAAGCAUAGACCUGUAGACGACCGGACGAUAGAUAAACAACUCCAGGGGCGAAGUCCUACUUCUCCUAAGUAAGGGUUCUCCUCUUGAGCUGGAGCUUAAAACACUACUCUCUCCCUCAGUUUCUCGGAUGGGACUUGAGCUCCGAACCUCAGCCGUUAAGCUUUAACCUUGUCUUGAGCACUCACGGGCACGGAGGUUCGGUUCUUCUUCUCUCGCGUGACAGACUACGUGAAAGUCGUGCCCAAAGAGGGUUGCGUUUUUUCUUUCCAAGUCGAUGAUAAAUUGUUUACUACUGUAUGCUGGGAACAACAGCUCAAGACGGGACCGAUGUAGAAUCCACCUCAAAGUGGAGUGUGGCUAAUCCAGCUUCGCGCCAUGCGUGAUGCCUUGGCCCAGUCAAGGCACACUCCACCCCAAAGUGAAGAUUCUCAAGAGCACAAAGAGGAUCUGCAGAAGAAGAACUGCACCUCCAUGCGCUCGACUGCUCAGGACAAGAUUGAUGAACCGCGAAUGCAUUUUGCCG